UCUCCCCUGUGAGGAAAGGCUGGGUUACCUGUGCUUUAUGGAAUCAAACUCUAUAACCCAGAGUUGGUUAUAAAGCAGGUCUGUUUUUAUUCAGCAUUUGGCACCAAGCUGGGUGCAAGGAGGAUAGCUCCUCCGAACUUGCACACUGGAAGACAAAAGUGUGGUACAGAUACAGGCCAAACUAAUAUAUAAUCAGUGUUUUUCCUGGAAUUUGUAUACAUAUUCAUUACAUUUCCGAGAACCCAUCAGCAUAUGGUCCCUCCCUCCGGCACGUGCACCCUGGGCAGUGGGGGUCUUCUGGUGGUCAUGGGAUGAAGGCUCAUUGUCUUCAACAGAAGUAAUCCCAUCCUGACCAUUCCUUGUGUUUCUUCAAGUUUACAAUAUCUUUUCUUAUCUGGCCUCACAUCCUGCUUACCUGCAUUCCUAUACAACAGUUAACCUUAUCUUGUCCUCUUCUAACUCACCUGGGUCUGUUCAGCCUUGAGAAAAGAAGACCGAGAGGUGAUCUGAUUACUUUUUGUAAGCAUCUUAAAUGUGGGAGGCAAAGGCACAUGGCCAACCUUGUGGUCGGUGGAGACAGGACAGGGGGAAACAGCCACAAACCGGAGCGCAGGAAGUUCUGCACCAAUAUGCGAAGGAACUUCUUUAUGGUGAGGUGACGGAGCUCUGUAGCAGGCUGCCCAGGGCGGCUGUGGAUUUUCCUUCUCUGGAGAUACUCCAGACCCGCCUGCACGCCCUCUGUGCAGCCUGCUGUAGGGGGCCUGCUUUGCAGGGGGGUCUGGACUCGAUGAUCUCUGCAGGUCCCUUCCAACCCCUACAGUUCCGUGAUAAAGAAAGCUGAAGACUCCCCGCUGCCUCCUUCAGGGAUAAAGGUGGCCGAGCGAGCCGACUGGAACAGGAAUGUUCCUCACAGCAGUGCACGGCAUCUCCUCCCCCACCGCCACCCACGGGAGCGCCCGCGCAACCGCACCGCAGCCGGACAGCUCGACCGGAAGUGCUCUCCCCCGCGUCUGCGCGGCUUCCGGCGGACGGGGCAGCCCUGACCGGAAGUGCUCUCCCUCACGCCUGGGCGGCUUCCGGCGGCGUGGGGCUGGAUCUAACCAGUAGCCCCGGGCGUCGGUACCGAGCCGGGAGAACGGCGGCCGGCUCUUCCCAGCAGAGCGGCGUCACUUCCAGCCCCCAAGCCUGUGGUGAUCUCCCUGCUGGAAGGAAGGGAUGACCCCUGAAUCCCAGAUGUGCACACCUUGGAGGACAUGGCAGAAGAGCUCAGCACAGCAUGUGAUGGUAUCACAGCUAUGAAGGAAGAUCUGCAGAACAGUGGCAUGGCCCAGAGGCAGUGUGUUAGUGUCUCUGUUGGAAAAACCAGGAAGGAUGUCCAAGGGGGUGUGGAGCAAGGAGAGCAUGUCAAGAAGCCACUGGGAAACUGUCCAGGAAAGAAAGUGAAGAAACACCUAGACUGCAGCACAGGUCAGAAGCAACAUAAAGACUCAGUGAGCAAGGAAGUGUGCCAUAAGAAAAGUCAAAAUCCUUGUGAUGGGAGUGAGAAAAGCUUUCAAACUUAUUCUGACUGUGUUAACCAGCAGCACAUCCGUGCAGGAGACAGACCCUUUAAAUGCCUCGAGUGUGACAAGAGCUACAUAAAAAGUUGCAACUUGCAUAUCCACCAGUGCAUCCACACAUCAGAGAAACCUGACAAUUGCCCCGAGGGUGAGAAGAACUUCAGCUCAGAACUUCAUUCCCACCAGUGCACGCACUCAGAAGACAGACCCUACAAGUGUCAACAGUGUGGGAAGAGCUUCAAAAGCAGUUCUAAACUCCUUUCCCACCAGCACAUCCACACAGGAGAGAGACCCUUUAAGUGUCCUGAGUGUGGCAAGAGCUUCAAAAGCCAUUCUGACCUCAUCUACCACCAGCGCAUCCACACAGGGGAGAGAGCUUUUAAGUGUUCUGAGUGUCCAAAGAUCUUCAGAAGCAGUUCUGACCUUGCAAUCCACCAGCGCAUCCAUACAGGAGACAAACCUUACAAGUGCCCUGUGUGUGAGAAGAGCUUCCGGCAGUGCUCCCACCUCAUGAUCCACCAGCGCAUCCACACAGGAGACAGACCCUACAAGUGCCCCAUUUGUGGGAAAGGCUACAAAAGCAGUUCUCAUUUGAAGAGCCACCAGCGCAUCCACACGGGAGAAAGACCGUUCAAAUGCCCUGUGUGUGGAAAGAGCUUCAAAAGCAGUUCCAACCUCAUCCGCCACCAGCACAUCCACACGGGAGAGAGACCCUUUAAAUGCCCAGAGUGUGAGGAGAGCUUCAAAAGCAGUUCUGACCUCAUCUACCACCAGAGCAUCCACACAGGAGAGAGACCCUAUAAGUGCCCCGAGUGUGGGAAGAGCUUCAGAAGGAGUUCCAACCUGACAAUCCACCAUCGCAUCCACACAGGAGAGAGACCUUUUAAGUGUCCACAGUGUCCAAAGAGCUUUAAAAGCAGUUCCCACCUUAUCUACCACCAGCUCAUCCACACAGGAGAGAGAGCCUUUAAAUGUCCUGAGUGUUCAAAGAACUUCAAAAGCAGUUCCCACCUCAUCCGCCACCAGCGCAUCCACACAGGGGAGAAAGACUACAAGUGCCCUGAGUGUGGGAAGAGCUUCAAAAGCAAUUCCAACCUCAGAGGUCAGCAGCACAUCCACACAGGAUAGAGACACUGCAAGUACUCUGAGUGUGGGGAAGGCUUUAGAAGCAGUUGUGAACUCGACUCUCAGAGGCACAUCCACAGAGUAGACAGGUGAUAGAAGUGCCCUGAGUUUGUGAGAAGCUUCAGAAGCAGUUCCAGCCUCCUUACCUACCAGCACGUCCACACAAGAGAUAGAGGCUGCAAGUGCCACAAAUGUGGGAAGGUCUUCAGCUAGAACCCCAACCUGGUUACCUGCUUGUGGAUUUGCAUGAUGAUGAACCUUCAUAAAUUGCUUGAGCUCUGGAGCCAAAGCAAAUCACGUUCCUCCUUCCUUCUGGGGGAAUUGCCUAUAUUGCUCUCUUUCUGCUGCAGACAAGGCAAGUGGAAUACAAAGCAGAAUCCAGUGAUUAUGACAGGUGGAUCAGAAGCACGUUUCUGCCAGGUUUGUGUGCAGGGAAUUGUUGUUCUCACCCCAGAGAAACUCAUCUGCUGUGGGUCAACAGAUGAGGAUCCAGAUUAAACCUCAACUGGACCAAGAAGUCACUCUGUAGGGAAUGCAGGAAGAGCUUCAGCUGGAGCUUAACUUUUAGUAGACCCCAGUAAACCAACACAGGAGAGAGCCCCUAUGAGCACCUUGACUGCUGGAAGAAGUACAUCCAGAGCUGGGAGCUCAUCACACACCAGUGGGUACCAGUUUGGAACACACCCUCUAUGAAUGUGCUGCCUGCGUUUGCCUGAGCCUGCUGCUGCCAGGGGAGGAUGGGAAGGACACCACCUGGGUGAGGUUCGAGCAGGUGGAUGAGCUGCUCAGCCUGGUGGUGGAGCUUAGGAAGGAGGUAGAGAGUUAAGAACCAUUAGAGAGUGUGAGAGGGAGAUAGACUGGUGGUGUGACUCUCUGCGAGAAAGAAGCAGAGAUUGCAACCCGCAGCCUGUAGUGGACCCUCUCCCUUGCUGUGGUCAAACUGAGGGAGCCAACUUGAGAAGAGAGGAGGAAUGGCAGCAGGUCCCACCUCAGUGAAGCAGGCAGCACCCAUCCUGACCUUCCUUGGUUCCUCAGGUGCCUCUAAGUAAUAGGUUUGAAGCCCUGAAACUGGAGGGUGAGGUGGCUGAGAAUGAGGUGGAGGGACAGCCUCCAAGUUUUUCUAAGGAGAGGCAGUCGGCUCCACACUUGAAGACUGCCUCCUCCAGUAAAGAAAGGAGGGUGAGAGUCAUAGGUGACUCCCUUCUAAAAGGAACUGAGGGCCCAAUUUGCUGGCCUGACCUCACCUGUAGGGAAGUGUGCUGCCUCCCUUAGGGCACAGGUCAGGGAUAUCUCUAGAAAGAUUCCUGGGCUUAUUCGCCCAUCUGAUUACUAUCCCUUACUGGUAGUUCAGGCUGGCAGUGAUGCUGCUGCUGAGAGAAGCCUGAAGGCUAUCAAAAAUGACUUCAGGGGACUGGGGAGGAUACUUGAUGGAGUGGGCGUGCAGGUGGUUUUCUCUUCUAUCCCUUCAGUGGCAGGGAAGGACGCUGAGAGGAUCAAAAAAACCCUUCUCUUAAAUAAAUGGCUUAGAGGUUGGUGCAGGCACAAGAAUUUUGCUUUUUUUGACCAUGGGGCAAUUUACUCGGCUCCUGGCAUGACGGCUGCAGAUGGAACUCACCUGUCUGCAAUGGGUAAAAGGAUCCUAGCCCAGGAACUGGCGGGACUCAUUGAAAGGUGUUUAAACUAGGUAAGAAGGGGGAAGGGGACAAAAUGAGGACCACUGGGGUUGAGCGGGUAGUUCGAGGCUCAAAACGGAGAUGGGUGAUGAGGGUGGAGUUCGAAGGGAUGGAGAGUGGCAGGGGGAUGCUGCUUCCCUAAAGUGUCUGUACACUAUUGCGCGCAAUAUGGGAAAUAAACAGGAAGAGUUGGAGAUCUGCAUGUGGUUGCACGGCCACAAUCUCAUUGCAGUCACAGAGACGUGGUGGGACAGUUCGCAUGAGUGGAAUGUUGUCAUGGAGGGCUGUGUGCUUUUUAGGAAAGAUCGGCUGGCAAGGCGGGGUGGUGGAGAUGCUCUUUAUGUGAGAGAGCAGCUAGAAUGUAUUGAACUCCACCUGGGGGAGAGUGGUGUAGCAGUGGGUGAGAAUCAAGGGGUGGACUGGUAUGGCUGACACUGUUGACACUGAUCAGGAAGAGGAGGUUGAUGAAGCUUUCCACAUGCAACUGGAAGCAGUGUCACAAUCCCAGGGGCUGGUGCUUAUGGGGGACUUCAAUUAUCCAGAUAUUUGCUGGAUAAGCAACAUGGCCAGGCACGCGCGGUCCAGACAGUUCCUGCAGUGUGCUGAAGACAACUUUCUGAUGCAGGGGGUGGAGAAACUAAUGAGGGGAGGGGUGUUGCUGGACCUUAUUCUCACUAAUAAGGAAGGGCUUGUCAAGGAAGUAAAGGUCGAGGGCAGCUUGGGUAGUGACCACGAGAUGGUGGAGUUCGAGAUCUUGAGUAGAAGAAGCAUUGCAAAAAGUAGGAUUGCUACCCUGGACUUUAAGAGAGCCAACUUUCUGGAAUCUACUUGGAGCUAUCCUGUGGGUAGGGUGUUAGAAGGUCAGGGGGCCUGUGAGAGCUGGUCGGCAUUUAAACAGCUCUUCUUCCAAGCUCAGGAUCAGUGCAUCCCUGUGAGCAAGAA